GAGGUUUCUACCGUGGUUCUUCUCAAGACUUAAACGCUACGUAGUUCGUAGAGUAAGUAUGGCGUCCUUCAGAUCUUUAAAAUCCGCAAUCUUCGAGAGGGAAGAGAGAAAGCAACAGUAUCAAGCUCACAUUCGAGGACUCACCGCAUAUGAUCGUCACAAUAAAUUUUUGAAGGAUUACGUUGAUUUUUAUGGAAAGGGAAAAAAUACACAAGACAAGUUGCCUAUUAAGACUGAUCAUGACACUCUGAGAGAAGGCUACAGGUUCAUCCGUUCUGAGGAAGAUGAUAUGGAUCCAUCUUGGGAGCAAAAGCUUGUGAAGCGCUACUAUGAUAAACUUUUCAAAGAAUAUUGCAUAGCUGACAUGUCACUGUACAAAAGUGGAAAGAUUGGCCUAAGGUGGAGAACAGAAAAGGAAGUCAUAUCUGGAAAAGGACAGUUUAUAUGCGGUAACAAACAUUGUGAUGAAAAAACUGGUUUAGCAAGCUAUGAGGUAAACUUUUCUUACUUUGAAGCAGGAGAAAACAAACAAGCCCUAGUGAAGUUGAUGACGUGUCAGAGAUGUGCUGAGAAGCUUAUGUACAAAAAACAGAAAGAAAAGGAUCUUUUAGAUGGAAGACAGAAGGAGAAGCGGAAAAGAAAAAGGGAAAGAACAAAAAAUGGUGGUGAUACAGAUGAUGAGGAUGUUAAUACUAAUGAAAGAAGAAGAAAAGGGAAAAAGGCUCCAACUUCGACAGAUGAUCAUAAGACCGACGAUGAUGAAAAUUUUGACGAGUUUCUUGAAGGAAUGUUUCCCUGAUUUUAGCUUUAAUGGUAUGUGUCAUCUGAAAAUAUGUACCCUCUAUGCUCAAAGCAGAUCUAUGUAAAAUACAAAUUCUCCUAAUGAUUAUUGCAGUUCAAUAGUUGGGAAAA